CCGACACUUUGACGCAGCUUUUCUUUCUCCCUCGACUCGCUUCCUUCCAGACAAAGUAGCGUCCGCCCUGCAUGGCCCCAUCGUCGCUGUGCAUGUCAGCCCUGACCAAGAGUGAAGAUCCGCCCUCGGCGCAGCUGGUCGCCGCCAUGCAGACCAGCCUGGAGGACGCCGGGAAGCCCAAAGUCUCCAUCCUGCCCUUCAGCGUGGAGGCUCUGAUGGCGGACAGGAAGCCCAGCCGGGAGGCGCCUUCGCCGGACGGACCCUGCGGAGCCGGCGGGCUGGGGGGGAUCCGCUUCGCAGGCUUGGACGUGAACCCCAUGAGCUCCUCUUUUUCCGUGGUGAACCUGCAGGAAGACGCGCUGGUCAAGCCCGAGAGUCCAGACGGCCAGGAGAGGACCGCCUGGAUGCAGACUUUUUCCCCGACGCCUCCUCGAAGGUUGAGUCCUCCGGCGUGUCCUCUGCGGAAGCACAAGACCAACCGGAAGCCGCGCACGCCCUUCACCACGUCCCAGCUGCUGGCCCUGGAGCGCAAGUUCCGGCAGAAGCAGUACCUCUCCAUCGCCGAGCGCGCCGAGUUCUCCAGCUCCCUCAGCCUGACCGAGACCCAGGUCAAGAUCUGGUUCCAGAACCGCAGGGCCAAGGCCAAGCGGCUGCAGGAGGCCGAGCUGGAGAAACUGAAAAUGGCAGCCAAGCCCAUGUUGCCGCCGGCCUUUGGGAUUUCCUUCCCGCUGCACGGCGCGCACGUCCCGGCCUCCUACGCGGCCUCGCACGCCUUCCAGCGGCACUCGCUGCCGGUCUCCCCGGUGGGACUGUACGCCGCGCACGUGGGAUACAGCAUGUACCACCUGGCCUGACGUCACCCACUUAAUUGGGACUUUUAUCACGGAGGACGUCCACUUGGCCAGUAAGUUCCUAAAACCAGAUGCGUCUUCUUCCAGAAAAAGGGACACUUUUUUUUCAGAGCUAAUUUGACUGAGUUGAGUUCAAAAAGGGACAAAAUUAAAACU